AUGCGUUCCACCAUCGCCAUCACCGCCAUCCUCGUCGCCGCGUCCGCUGCUCCCGCGCUCGCGAUUCCCAUCGCACCCGCGAGCGGCAGCGAGGCAGUCGACUGGAAGCAGGUCGGCAGCGUCGCGGGAGAUCUUGGAAAAGCUCUCUUCCACAUCCUCCGCGAAGAGGACCCCAUCCUCGCCCGUGCGUUCGAGGCAGAGCUCGUGGCGCGCGCUGACGGGAGCCAGGCUCUCAACUGGAAGAGCAUCGGGGACGACUUCAAGGACUUCGGCGAGGGCGUCAUCAGUCGUGCCGAGCCAUCGAGCGAGGCCAUCGACUGGAACACGGUGGGCAAGAUUGCUGGGGAUGUGGGCCGCGUCGCGAUGCAUGUCCUGAGGGAGGAAGAGCUGUUGGCGCGCGGCCUUGCUUGGGACGAGCUGGAUUGA